AUGUUCAAGACAACUGCCACCCGCUCCUUCCAAAUUCUCGAGCGUUCCCGUCGUUCAUUUUGUCGACAAAGCGCUGUGCGUCGCUCAGAAAUACACUUGUUCGCAGCAUGCCACACCCAUCGCCCUCUGCGCCCCUUUCCAACACGAGCCUUUUCCACAACACGCUAUACGCGCCAACCUGAAGACCCGCCAGGAUCAAGCAAGAGCAAACCGACAAUACGCGAAAACAUCUACACGUUACCCAAUAUCCUCACCCUAUCUCGAAUCCUCGCGUGUCCUGUUCUCGGGUGGUCUAUUUUGGACGGAAACUACUAUAUUGCGACUGGUCUGUUGGUGUAUGGGGGUCUAACAGAUCUGGUAGAUGGAUUUCUUGCACGUCGAUACAAUAUGUCCUCUGUACUUGGAACUAUCCUAGACCCAGCUGCCGACAAAAUAUUAAUGACGACACUGACCAUAACGUUAACAAUGCAGGAUCUCAUUCCCCUGCCUGUCGCUGUCAUUAUUCUUGGUCGAGACGUCUUGUUGAGCCUUUCUGCCCUCUACAUUCGAUAUUCGACUCUACCCCACCCAAAAACCUUUUCGCGUUAUUGGGACUUUUCUCUGCCAUCUGCCGAGGUACGGCCAACAACAAUUAGCAAGGUCAAUACCGCUCUCCAACUACUUCUCAUGGGCACCACAACUGUUAGCCCUAUCCUUCCUCUUGACAUCUCAACACCUUUACAAGGCCUGCAAUGGAUUGUGGCCACAACUACUGUCUGGAGCGGAUUGUCCUACGUUUUCAGCAAAGAUGCUGUUCGUGUCGUCUCACAGACAAAGACUGACCGUCCAUAA